AUGAGACUAGGUCAUAUGAGUGCACGUGGACUGGAGAUGUUGAACAAUCGUAACCUUUUAGAAGGUGAGAAGAUCAACACACUUGACUUAUGUGAGCACUGCGUUCUAGGGAAGCAGAAGAAGGCAAAAAGUGAUGCUUUUGAAGCAUUUAAAGAGUGGAAGAUUUUGGUUGAAAAUCAAAUGGAGCAGAAAAUCAAGUAUUUUCGCACAGACAAUGGCUUGGAGUUUUGCAAUGAAGAGUUUAAUGAAUUCUGCAAGGCUCGUUGUAUGCUCCUACAAGCCAAAAUGUCCAAAGAAUUUUGGGCUGAAGUAGUUCACACUGCUGCUCAUAUUGUCAAUCGAUCUCCAGCAUCGGUAAUUGACUUUAAGACUCCGAAUGAGGUAUGGUCAGGAAACAAGAACGACAAGCAAGUGGAGCUUUCCAAGGAAAAGGAUCAAGAGACUCAGGUUAAAGAUGAGUCAGAAGAUGUAGACCUUGAAGAACUUGUUGUCAAUGAACCAUACACAAUUUCGAAGGGGAGGGAGAAGAGGCAGACACGAGAACCGGAACGCCUUAUAGAUCAAGCAAACUUGAUUGCAUAUGCGUUCGUAGUUGCACAAGAAGAGAUUAAGGAUCUGGAUCCCUCCUCGUAUAUUGAAGCAACUUCUUGCAAGGAUAUUGUACGAUGGUGGUUAGCCAUGACUGAAGAGAUGGAGUCUCUUCAUAAGAAUCAGACAUGGGUCUUAGUGAAACGACAAAAGGGGAAGAGGACAGUUGGAUGCAAGUGGGUCUACCAAAAGAAAGAGGGAAUUCCUGAAAUGGAAGAUGCUAGGCGAGAUUGUUUGCAAAAGCUUGAUGUCAAAACUGCUUUCUUACACAGUAAUCUAGAAGAGACAAUCUAUAUGGAUCAGCCUGAAGGUUUCCUAGCUGAGGGAAAAGAAGAUCACGUAUGCCAACUAAAGAAGUCUUUGUAUGGUUUGAAGCAAUCCCCUAGACAGUGGUACAAAAGGUUUGAUGCAUUCAUGACUACACAUGAAUUCUCAAGGAGUGCAUUUGAUAGCUGUGUGUAUCACAAGAAGAUCUCUGGUAACUCAAUGAUUUAUUUACUGUUGUAUAUUAAUGAUAUGCUUAUUGCUGCUAACAACAUUACAGAGAUAAAUGCUUUGAAGAAGCUGUUGAGUAAGGUAUUUGACAUGAAGGAUUUAGGAGCUGCAAAGAAAAUCCUUGGUAUGGAGAUUUCAAGAGAAGACGGUGUUGUACAUCUUUCUCAGAAGAGGUACAUUGAAAGGGUUCUCGAGAGAUUCAAUAUGCAUACGUGCAAGCCUGUAAGUACACCAUUAGCUUCUUAUUUUAAACUUUUAGAGUUACAAAUGCCUCAGUCCGAGGAUGAGGUGGAACAUAUGUCAAAGAUUCCUUAUGGUAGUGCAGUCGGUAGCAUUAUGUAUGCUAUGGUAUGCACACAUCUAGAUAUUGCUCAAUCUGUAAGUAUGUCGAUUGUCACUUUAUCUACGACAGAAGCAGAAUACAUGGCAACAGUGGAGGCGGUGAAGGAAGCUAUCUGGUUGAAAGGUUUAGUAGCGGAAUUGAGUUUGGUUAAGCUGGAAUCAACCUUUAGAUGUGAUAGUCAGAGUAACCCGACGAGUAACGGCUAUCCCAGCAGGAGUGAUCCCGCUCCAGUUCUCCCGACCAUAUCAAACCUAACCUCUUCCAUAAAACCGUUCAUUCAUCCAGCCCUAGACAUUGCAUCCGUUAUUGUAAUGACUUCACCGGCAGCUACAUCAAAGUUGCCUGACAUAUCCAGCACAAUGGCACCUCAGUUAGUUCCGACACAACCUCAGAUUCGAUCAGCUGGAGACAUCCCCUUGUUCCUACUCUUGGAGGAUCCAGUUCCAGCACCUCAGGCAGCACAUGUACCAGAGCAGGAGGUCGACAGAGUGCCCAGGAGGAGAGCGGUGAUCCCCAAACUGAGGAUCUGUAGAUUGAGCUGGAGGACCCUGUGGGAGAGGGCUCCACAGCCCAGCGACAAAAGGAAAAAAAGAAAAAGCACAAGCAAAAGCAAAGAGGGAAAUUUUGGGGAGCCCUCUUCAUUGAUCAAGCUAAUUGGAACUCCUAAUUUUGCAAAAACCCUAACGAGAGCUGAUCCAAUGGAGGAGGAACUAGUAGAUGAAGGACUUCGUAGCCGGCGUAGAUUAGUCCAGGCGACGCUGUUUCCAAACAGUGCGAAGCAAAUUCCAGUUAAAGGAGGAGCUGAAGAAGAAGAAGAAGAGGAUGAGGAGGAAGAGUGGUGUGAGAGCCAAGAAAAUGGCAAUAAGACUAAAGGAAAUCAGAAGAAGAAGAAGAGAAAUUCCAAGACAACAACACCGCAAAGUCACCCACGAGCUUCUAAGAAGGUUGCUCUAAGCUGUAGAGAAACUUCAAGCAAGGAAAUUCCUGACGGAGAUUCUCCAGUUACUAUCAAAACGGAUUUCUUUCUAAAGGUUUCAGAGAGAAAGAAUCAGAAGAGACAGAGACAUGAGCAGCUAAAUGAUGGAUCACCUGAAAAACUCCUAAAAUCUUGCUCACCUCCUGCAAAUAAGAAGACUCCUCGUUCGAAGAAGAAGCUUGCUAACUCAACACCAGAGAAAUGCCAACUGGUUGUCAAAGGAUCGACGGAAAUAUGUUUGGUUCCACGUAACCUUAUGCAGGAUGAAUCAAUGUUACACUCGAUUCCUGAUCUCCGAAUGGAGGCUAGAAAGACAGCUGAGGAGAAUUCCCGCAGAUAUGCGGGAAAACAAAUACAUCCUUUUUUUCAAUCCUGCAAAAUGGGUAAGAAGAGCCAAGAAGUUAUUGAUGUGGAGAGUAACUGGUACUCUUCUGAGGAGGGGAAAAGCCUUACUUUCAGUCCUAUUCAUGUAUUUGAAAUAGUUACGGAGGAUGAAACUGCCUUUGAUUGGGGUCACUGGAUCUUUUCUGAAGCUUGUUUUCUCGAUACUGAUGUUGUGCUAAAAACAUUGUCACAGCAAAACAAGAUUGAACUGAAUCAGCAUGCUAUUUCACAAGAUGAAGUGGUUUCUGAUCAUUCUUCUAGAGAAACAAAAUUAUAUCAUUCAGCAUUAUCCGUAGUUGCGGAGGAACAAGUCAGCCACUGUGAGCAGCUAAAGAAUGCAGAAGUGGCAAAUGUAGUGGACACAGUUGACACCUUCCAAAAUAACCUUAGCAGUUCAGAUACCAAGAAGCAAGGUAGAUUUCUUCAAGAAAGGAUAGUAUCUGACUACCAGAACUGUCCCACUGGGCCCAAAAGUUGUCUAUGGACAAACAAAUAUCAGCCUGAGAGAGCUUUUCAGGUAUGUGGUAAUAGCGAGCCAGUGAAACUUUUAAAUGAUUGGUUGCAUCUUUGGCAUGAAAAAGCUUCUCGCACAAGCAAACCAUGCAUUCUUAGUGAUAGAGUUGCUCAAGACUCCUCUGACAGCCUGUAUGACAGUGAAGCCGACUCCACAAACGAAGAACAGCUGAAGAAUGUCCUCUUGGUAUCUGGACCAGUUGGGAGUGGGAAGUCGGCUGCAAUUUACGCCUGUGCUAAAGAACAGGGAUUUCAAGUUAUUGAGGUCAAUUCAUCAGAUUGGCGAAACGGUGCUCUUGUAAAACAGAAAUUUGGGGAGGCUGUAGAAUCCCACUGGCUUCAACGGAUUCAAAAAGAUCCAGCGUAUUUAGAGGACAAAUUAGUGUCUGGCUGUGGAGUUAUUGAAGUGAUACCUUUGUCUGAUGAGGAAAAUGCUCCAAAUGCCUGUGGAGUGCAAAGACAACAAGUCUGCAGGGAGGAGAUAACUGCUAAUCAUCAGGGUGAAACUAAGGCUCUAAUCCUUUUUGAGGACGUGGAUACUGCUCUUUGUGAAGACCGUGGUUUUGUCUCUACCAUUCAACAACUUGCGGAGACCGCAAAGCGGCCCAUGAUAUUAACUAGCAAUAGUGACAAUCCGGUGCUCCCAAACAAUUUAGAUAGGCUACAGGUGUGCUUUGCGCUGCCAUCGUUGAAGGACCUCCUUGAGCUUGCACAGACGGUUUGUGCUAGAGAACAAGUUAAAAUUCACCCAAUGCUGGUAGAGGGGUUUGUGGAUCAUUGCCAUGGAGAUAUUCGUAAAACUAUUAUGUAUCUCCAGUUUUGGUGUCAAGGCCAAACUUUGAAGAAAGAUAACCUGCAGCUAAGAUAUAGUCCUCUUCAGUUUGAUCUAGAAGCUGGUCAUCUGCUACUACCGAAAAUUAUCCCUUGGGAUUUCGCUUCUCCACUAUCGGAACUUGUGGAUGAAGAGAUAACUAAGUCGAUGAGGGUAGAAGAAGAAAGAUACUGUAUAAAUGAGAAAGCAGAAGAAGUCGAGCUAAACAAUAUUACAGAAGAGAACAAUUCUAGGGAUCAUGAUAUGGGUGCUAAUAAUGUUGAUGGAAAAAAGGAUGCAAUGUUAAGCUUGCUCUACUCAUUUCAGGAUCAUAACGAAUGUACUAUGUUUGGUACUAACUCAGAAAUUUCUGAUGCCUCUGAAUCACCGAUCGCAUUCACUCGAAGAAAUACACUGAGAAAACUUGAUAGAGUUAUGUCUUCAGAUUCAGAGGAAGAAUGCAGCAGAGUUCCCGUAUCGUUAGAUCAACCUGAGAUCGGAAAUGAAGAGAUUGAAACAGCAUGCAGUUCACCCUCCCAUUUUUCAGCCACUGAAAUCUCCUGCAGUUUACCAACAGAGAAUCUUCAUUUCAAAUCAAAGAGGUUGAAAAGAAAUUAUUUGGAGACAGCUGAUUAUUCUACUGUGAAUGUUGUAAGCAAGUCAGUGAAUGUUUCCUGUGUGCCAGAGUCAUCAUUCAUCCCUGAGACUCAGCUUACUAUUGAUUCAGAAUUAAUUUCAAGUACAGAGUCAUAUAAUGAUGUUGAUGUCAAAGUUGAGGCAAAUUAUUGUAGCAAUCUGUCCCUUCCAAGUAUGUACUCUCUCAAGGUUGAGAAACUUGAUGAAAAUGUUCUUUUAUCUUCUGAGUAUCAGGAAUUGCAGGGUUGUAGUUCUGAUAGAGUAACGAAAUCAAUUACUGGAGAGGUCGUGGAGCAUUUUAAUGGACAAUGCACGGAGGAUGUUCCGAGUGGAUAUCGGGUGUUGGAUGAGUGUAGCCGCAUGGACUUCAGUAAAAGUUCUACAUCCUUUAAGACUACUGUGCAGUUUAACCUGAAUACUUCUGUACAAGAUAGUUGGAAAAGACUUCGUGAAGGUUACCUGGAUCUGAAACAGUAUAUUACCCCAGAGCAGAAAGAAGCUUCUCAAAUUCUCAAUGUUGCUCAUGAAAUGAGUGAUUUAAUUUCAGUGGCUGAUUUAUUACUUGCUGACUGCAAACACCUCCUAUACGAUUCGUUGGAGCCGUCAAUGACCCCCUUCGUAGAAUCACAUUCAUAUAACUGGCAUGAAGACCAGUUGCAGAUGUCAUCAAUUUUUGCCCAACACGGAGUUUGCCUUUUUGCUAAAGAAAUUGCUUCUCUCGGACCGGACACUGCAUCUGUAUAUGAGGUGGAUUUGGCCUGGGAGAUGUUGACAUCCACAAACAGUACAAUGGCUCUGGGAAAGAUGGUUGGACAGAGUAGGGGAAAACAUGAGGGUUUGCAUUUAAGGCUACCAAGAAUCUGUCAUUCCUUCAGAAGCAAAGUGGAUCCGAAUGCUUACAACUUACUUCAAGCUGUUGUUCCCUUGCGCUCACACAUUGCUCUGAAAGGUGAUUCAUUUCAUGAAUAUCUGUCUUCAUUGAGCCAAAUUUCUAGAUUUGGAACCACCCGGUUAUCGGAAAGCAUCGGCAGGAGAAAACAGAGAAGGGCACGAGCUGCUCAACACUACCUGAGUUCUGGUAGAUUAGCAUUGUCUCAAGAUGACGUUUCAUUACUUGGUCAAUAUAAUUGUUAUCAGAAAGUUUCACCAGGGUCUGGGACUUAAUGUACAUAGAGUAUAAUUUACUGGAGAUGCCUCCCCCCCCCCCCCCAAUGAAAUGGGAGAGGUAAGGCCAUGUAUAUCAAUUGUUGUUUCUGGUAAGUGCCAUGGCCAGGCAGUAGUUGAAUUGCCUGAACGCAUGGGCAACAAAGAUAAAGGUUAGGAAUAGGCACACUAAUUUAAUUGCAGGAUGUAGUUCAGUUCAUAUUAAUUCAAACAGAGUCAUGUACCGUCAAAAGACUCAAAACCAUAUAGUUUUAUAGUUAUUAAAUUAGAAAUAAAUAUAUUGGACAAAAAAAUUCAAAAGUA